GAUCAUUUAAAUGUUAACCUAAAAAUAUAAAUUUAUAUUUGGCAGUUAUCAUUAGCCGACAAAAGGUUAUACACUGUGUACUGAGUCGACUUGAGUUUAAUUUGAAAUUAGGAAUAAAUCUGUUUUAUUUAUUAGUUCAUCAUAAAAGUUUUCUCAAUAUAUUUAUUAUAUUACAGAAAAAAAUGAACACUUUAAUAGUUCCUCCUUCUCCAAAUUGGUAUGAAGCCAACAUUUUAGCAUGUGCUCCCGACAAUACAUUAAUUUAUGGAGCCAAAAAUCAUAUUGUUAUAUUGGAAAAUAGUGUUGAUACAAAUAAAGCGGCUGACAUCAGAAUUAUUGCUCAUGCCCACACUCAAAAAGUGUUGGGAGUAAAUUUAAACAAAAAUUGGGGAGAGCCAAAAAAAUGGGCAGUUUCAAUAUCUGAUGAUAAGACAGUAAAGAUAUGGGAAAUACCAACUGGUAAAAAGCAUUUGGAUCAUGAUAAACAUCUCCCUGAUAAAAAAGUGAUAGCAGCUGCAUUUGCUGGAGAUGAUAGAGUAGUUAGCGUAUCAGAAGAUGGAAAUAUUGUAGUUUGGAAUGUUGCACUAAAUGAAACAACUGAAAUAAAAAAUAUUUUUGGAACAAAAGUUACUAUAACUUGUAUGUCCACUUGUCCACAUGCAAAUUGGCUCACUGCAUUUGGUCUUAAAAGUGGUUUAGUAGUUGUUACAGAUAUAAGAAAAAGUGGCAAACUUUUGUAUAAAAUGAGAGGCCAUGAUAAACCUGUCAUUUCAUUAUCAUGGUGUCCAGUGCCUAUCAAUAUAUUCCCAAAAAAUCCUAACAAUUAUGUUGGCCAAAAGAAGAGAGUUGAAACCUCAAACAACACAAACGAUAUAAAAGAAGAAAUCACGGUUGUCCAAAAUAAAGAAACAGGAAUGGAUACUCAUCCUUUACUGAAAGUUUAUGAUUCAAGUGAUGAGGAAUUUCUCAAAGAAUGUGAAAUUCUCAAGAAUAAAAUGUUAGGCACCCCAGAAAAUGUUAGUUCUCCAAAUGACACUGGUGAUAAUUCUGAAGAAAAAUUGAAUCAGUUAAUAGACAAAAGUAUAUUAGAGAAAAAUGGUAAUGAUCUUAUUAAUAAUUUGGAAGAAAUUAUUGGAAAUUUGAAUGAUUGUCACAACAUUACUGAUGAUGAGAAGUUAUAUGUUUCAAAUGAUAGUAUCUGCAUAAGUAAGGAAAGGGAAAUUGAUCCUCGAAAACCAGAAGCAGAACAAAGCAUUACUGAAACAUUGAAAGAGACAGAUGGACAUAUAAAUUUGUCAGAUGAAAAUAUACAAAAUACUGAAGAAAAACAAAGUAGUAUUGAAAUUACACCACGGAAAACUGAUGAAGCAGAAACGACAGAUAAAAUUGAAUCAAAUGAGUUAAAAUCAACAGAAGAUAUUUACCAAAAUGCACAAAAACAUGAAUUUGUGUCGAAACAACAAAAUGGGAAUGAAAUAGAAAACAUAUCCCAAACAAAUACUGAAUAUGUUACUGCAAAAUCAAACCAAGAAGAAAGUAGCCCCCCUCAACAAGCACUUAAACUCAAAUCUUCUGCAAAAGAAGAAGAACCUAGAAAAGAAUUUUUGUUGGCUUCUUCAGCCAAAGAAAGUAAUAUUUAUAUUUGGAGAGCUGGUACUGAUGGCAGAAUGGAAACAUUCAUCUCACUUUCUGGCAAAUUUUACAAUCGUAAGAAUAGGGUACUAUUUGAUAAGAUAUGGAUAGCAUUAAAUUGGGUUACUCCUACAGUGUUAUUGACUUCUUCAAAAGAUUUUGAACUGUUGGCAUGGAAUUUGCCAAAACCUAAAGAUCCUAUGAGCAGCUACUCAAUAAUACACAAUGAACAUGCAGCUUUAUUAUUUUCAAUAUCUUCUUCAACUAUUCUGUUGAAUGAAUAUAACUGGAAGGAUGGACCAAAAGUUAAUAAUGCGUGGUCUGUAUCUCAAGAUCGACUGUUGAUCAAUACAAGAAUUACAGAUAAAACAAUUCUUUCCUAUUACUCAACAUUAGGUGGCCACAUUGAAUGUAUGCAGUUAUCUCCCUUAGAUCCCAACAGGUUGGCCAUCGGUUCUUCAGACAGUUCUGUCAGAGUUUGGGAUCUAAGUCGUCCCCAUACUACAAAUAUAAGAAUGAUAAACUUCUACCAUAAAAUUCAAAGUAAAGUAUCAGCUAUAGCAUGGCAUCCGACUAAUGAAUCAAUAUUGGCGUUUGCAACAGCCGAAGGAAGAGUAGGUUAUGUGGAUCCAAAUUCAAAGUUAAAACCUUCAGUACUUCUUUCACAAUACUUUAAAUCCCAAAUUUAUAAACUCGAAUGGGGCCCAAUUAAUGGGUAUCAAGGAAAAUUUGGUUUGUAUGCAAUAGGCGAAGGGUGUAUUGUAUACUUCAAUCUUGAGAACAGAACAGGCCGAGAUCCAACUGUGAUUCCUACACCUGAAAAUACAUUUAUCUACUCAUUCGGAUGGAAACCUGACUAUUCGCAAUUAUUUGUCGUCGCCAGGACUGGAUUCAUAAUAGUAUAUUCCCCAAAAUUAAAAAUAAUUUGUAAGCAUUAUUUCUCUUAUCGCAUAUAUGAUAUUAUAUGGCAUCCAAACGCUUCUGACAACACAUCUGAUUAUCAUAAUUGGUUGGCUACUAUCGGAAAUUCAAAAAAUGUUUUUGUUUAUAAGUUUGACAUUGAAUGUGGUAACAACGAUAACAAUAUUAUUAAUAUUUAUCAGAGUGAAUCAGAUAUCAAUUCUGUCGUUUGGAGUCCCUAUGUUCCUAGUCAGAUGAUGGUGAGCUGUGAAAUGGGAAUUGUACAGAUAUGGGAUGUUAUAAAAGGCGAAUAUCUUGCUACAUUUAUCAACUGUAAUAACUAUGAACCUGUCACUGCUGCAAUUUGGAGUCCAAUCGACCCAGAUUAUGUCAUUUCAGCUGGCAAGGAUAAUACAUUAAAAAUUUGGAAGAUACCUGAACAUCCACCACUGAAUGAAAAAGAAAUAGCGGCAACACGAAAAAUUGCAAUAAAGGAGAUUUCGACAAGUAGGACUAAUGUGGCACUGAAAAAAGGGGAAAAUGAUACAAUCGCUCAAAAAGAAAAGAAAACUAAAAGCCUUUUGCUUCCUAAAUUUUAUUAUCUCAGGGAUAAUUCUGUAUCCUCUGAUCUCCGAAGGCUGCUUCAAUGGAAAGAAGAUCCAGAAAGUGUUGUACCAACGCCUAGUUAUUGUACAAAUGAAGUUUUAAACAUAUUUGGAUCUGAUGAAACAAUGAGAGAAGUUAUAGAAAAAAACGAAAAUUGCCUGAAGCAAAAGGGGAAACAUGUUUUAAGUUCAACAUUAUCUUUAUUUAGAGGAGACAUUACUGCUCAAGUGAAAGAAGCUAUAGACGAGAAAAGAGUAGAUCGUUGGAUUAUAUCUUUAGCACCCAUGGCAUCAACAAAAUUAUGGCAGUCGGCAUGUGAGACAUAUGCUGAUCAGUUGUCAGAAGAACCUGGAGCCGAUGUAGUCGAAACAGCUACUUAUUAUCUAGCCUGUCAUAAAGUUCAGAAAGCAAUUGACAUUCUUUGUGAAGCUAAUAUGCAUCGAGAGGCAUAUACUCUUGUAAAAUGUCGAAUGUUGGGAAAAGAAGUUGAACAUGAGAUUUUAGAGAGAUGGGCAAAACAGGCUGAAACAGAUGGCAACUUUGAACAAGCUGCUCAAUGCUUAAUCUCAAUGAGUAAAUAUGAAAAUGCUGCUUCUUUACUCAUAAGAAGAUCAGAUGUAAAUAUAUUAGAAUUUGCUGUUGAUCUGACAUCAAGAAUAGAUAACGAACAACUGCACAAUGCAGCCGUUUCUAAAUUAAAGCAAGUUAAAGAAAUGUCGGUUAACGAAAAAAAGAGCAAUGAUACACAUUUACCCACAAUACAGGAUGCGGUAUUGAAACAAAAUGUAUCUAAUGAUGCAGUAAAUAGUGAACAAUUGGAUGAAUCUCAAAAUUCGUCCAGUAUCAAUACAGAAUCGGAGGAGAUAUACACAGCUACCUCAGUCAGUGACCACAACAUAAUUCCAGAAGAUGAUUUAAUCACUACUCCAGAAAGUACGAUGGAAAUUAAAAAAAAAUCUCUAGAACUUGACAAAAUUGAUCUUAAUAACGACUCUACUAACCACAUUGUAGAGGUACAAAAAGUUGAGACUGAUUAGAAUAAUGAUGAAGCAUAUUUUUUUGCUGAAUUAUAUUUUAUUUUUUACUGUGUUGACAUUAUGAUAUUAAGUUUUCAUUUUUAUAAUAAUAAAAGAAUAAGUUGUUUUAUUUGUUGAUCUAAUAAAUAUCUGAAAAUUAAUUUUUUAAUUAUUUUUUCACCUAUCUGAAUAUUAUACCUUUUUUCACUUUGUUAAAGCUGUAAUAUAAAUAAAUCAAAGUAAAUUCCACUAAUUCCCUACAUAUUUUAAACUCGUUACCUAUAAAUUUAAAAACCACUGACUGAUUCUAUUUAUGGUUGACAUAUAGAAUGAUUAAUAGAUAUUUAGAAAUCUAAUUUGUAUAAAUUGACAAUUGCAGAAAAUGACUGAAAAGUCAAAUAGACGCAAUAUUUCGUUUAUACAUGGAACUUGUCUAGGCUAACCCGAUAUCAAUACAUCCUCGUAGAAGGAAAUUAUGAAAUAUAAGAAAUGGUAUCACUAUAAAUUUUAACUUAAGUAUGCGUUGUAGAAUAUAGAUAGAGAAUGUUUUUGACUCGGGACUGAGAUUUCAUUAAAUUCUUUGAACCGAGUGGGAGGUUGACAACAAAUUAAUAUCUUCAAAAACUUCAAAAAAAUGUUAAAAUAAGUCAAAAGUGGCUACCAUGCCACAAUAGGUGGCUAUUUCUUGUUUGUUUUUCUAUGAUCAAUUCUUUUUUUUUAUUUUCUAUUUUCUUAAGUACCUGCUACAUUCUUUUUUCUCACUUUUC